CGCUUCUCCCAGUGGGAGCGGUGGGAGGGGGAGGGCCGGGCCAAGGAAAGGUAGUGACACGUGUCAAUCAAUCCCCCUCCGGGGGGCGCGCGCUGCGGAGCUCGCGCCCCAGCCUCGCGCCUGCGCCGCUCGUAUGUAAAUGAGGGCGCGUGACGCGGGACGCAGAUGGACCAGGGAAGAGAGGAUGGACUCCGCCGCCGUUGCUCAGUGCGGGAGCCACCGGUGCGCGGCGGAGAGGAGAGUAUUCCGGCGGGAACUCGACUCCUGGCGCCACCGCCUCAUGCACUGUGUAGGCUCAUUUCGCUUAGCAUAAUGCUCUCCAGUUCCAUCCAUGCUGUUGCAAAUGGUUUUGAGAGUAUUUUAGAAGGGCUUUAUGGACCACGGCUACGAAGACACCUCAGUUUAUUUGAAGACUGUGAGCCAGAAGAACUGACUGACUGGUCUAUGGAUGAAAAAUGUUCACUUUGUAACCUACAAAGAGAAGCAGUCAGUGAUUGUAUACCAUCUCUUGAUUCUUCACAGUCAACACCAACAGAGGAACUAUCAUCUCAGGGCCAGUUCAACACUGAAAAGAUUGAAUGCCAAGCAGAAAAUUACCUAAAUGCACUCUUUCAAAAGAAAGGUCCUAAAGAAGAACUUUUAGGAUUAUUGCCACUCAGAGGUCAAACAUGUGGAGAGGAUAUAGCAAAUGCUGUAAUUGAGUGCAUUGAAAAACAUCAUAUUCCACUCGAUAAAAUUGUCUCAAUUUCAACAGACGGGUCGAAAAGUAUGACCGGCGUAAGAAACGGGUUUGUUGCUAUUUUGAAAGAAAAAAUUAAUCACGAGAUACUUACUUACCAUUGCAUCAUUCAUCAAGAAGCGCUUUGUGUGCAGACAUUUCCAGAAGAAAUUUGCAAAGUUAUGGAAUUGGUGAUUAAGAUUAUCAACUCCAUUAUAGCUAAAGCUCUUAAUCAUCACCAAUUUAAAGAAUUUUUAGUUGAAAUGGAGAGUGAGUAUGCAGAUCUUCUACUGCAUAACAAGAGGCCCGCUACACAGAUUCCUGCACCGUUGGGAUCCCUCGGCAUAGCCUGUGGGGAUCGGGCCGAAAACCACAGUCCAACACCGCCUGCUGCUCCUGCUCAUCCCAGCCCAGCUGUGCCUGCCAUGGCCACUGUUCGGUAGGCUCGCUGCUGCUCCACUGCGGUCUCCAAGCUGUGGCGGCCAGCUGUGAGCCCUGCGUCUGGCAUGUGUUGGUCAGCUGAGUGGUGCUAUUGCUGUGGGAGCGCGCUGCCCCUGGUGGUCAGUGCGCAUCAUAGAGACUGGUCGACUGGUUGUUCGGUCGCUUAGGCUUUUAUAUAUAGAGGUAGUCAUCCUGUAUCAUGUCUCUACUAGAUCAUAAAGUCUUUGAGGCCAGGGACACAAAUUCUGUUGUAUCCCACAGUUUCCAACAGAAAAAUACAGUAAAUACUUUGUACUUAGAGUUUGAUGGAUGACUAACUUUUACAUCCCAACGUGUUCAAUAUAAUUCUGUUCAGUAAGGACAAAAGUUUUUUGGACGCUGUGGAAUUUCUUUCUCCCAUAUCCCAUUAGGCACAUGAAAAUGCACAUGCUGUGGUCCUUGAAGCAAAUGAGGGUAUGCCAGGAAGCAAGUUAUUCCUUGUGGGAGCAGCAGACAAGUAAAAUGAAGGGAACACACUCAGUUGAGUGGAGAUAGUGACAACUCUGCACCAUGGUCGCCUCUGAAGUUGACAGACAAGGUUGGGAGACAGGUUUUAGCCCUUAAUUUUUGGUUGUGGAAACUGCAGCUUGAUCUCAUUGAAACUAGAGUUCUAAAGUGAUUACAAAGAUUUCUCUCUGUUUAAAGAGAACAUAGGGGACUUCUGGAGAGUUUGCUGAGUUUAUGAUGCAACUCUUCUUUAACUAUCUGAAGGAGGUGGAAGCCAAAGAGGACUGUCAUUCCUGACUCUCAGGAAAGGACAAUCACAUCUCUCCGGGGCCAGCCCUCUUCUAGACAGUCUCUCCUUUCUGAGACUCAGACCAAGGCAGAGACUGCGCACUUGGGUUCUGUACCCGCCUACCCGCCCGCCCUGAGCUAGAGCCAAAGACCCAGUUAAAACUAGGAUCAGGUGUAACAUGUAGGACGGCCUUCGGAUGCCUCCUUGAGCUUCUCAUGUUCUCUGAAUUGCAUUCAGCCGUGUACAUUUUUACCACACAAUAUUUUAAACACCGUUAAAAAAAAUAAAAUGUAUUAAAACAUUGAGCACUAUUCACAAAGC